AUUUAUUUUCCUGAAUAUGCUGCAAAACCGAGAGGAGAGAACCAGAUUUACAGGUCGCACAGGUAUGGCUGGGAGGAGCCGUGGAUUGUCAGGUGUGGUUUGCCACCAACCAAAUACCAGCAGUGCACCGACGACAAACAGCCAACAGCGGAAAGAGGUGGAAAGUUGCCUUGAAACGCCACAAGUGGAGUGGAAUAAAACAUCAACCCGUGGCCGGUGCGACAUCCCCUAGGGUGUGCCUGCAGGAACGGAAGAAUUGUGCAUGCAGAGGGGACAGAUGGCCCAAAGAAGGGAGGAAAGUAAAGGUGACGAUCCGAAGAUUGAACUCUUUGUCAAGGCCAGCAGUGAUGCCGAAAGUGUGGGCAACUGUCCUUUCUCUCAGAGACUCUUCAUGAUUCUCUGGUUAAAAGGGGCCAAAUUUCUGCUCACCACAGUAGACAUGAAAAGAUCCCCGGAUGUGCUGAAGGAGUUGGCUCCGGGCUCUCAGCCUCCAUUUCUGGUCUUCAAUGGUGAAGUCAAAACAGACGUGAACAAAAUCGAGGAGUUCCUGGAGGAGAGAUUAGCACCGCCCAAGUACCCCAAAUUGUGCUGUCGAUACAAGGAGUCCCAGUCAGUUGGAGAAGACGUCUUCCGCAAAUUCUCCGCAUAUAUUAAGAAUUCCAUCCCUGGAUUAAAUGACAUGUUAGAGAAGAAAUUCCUGUCAACCUUGGUGAAGCUCAACAUGUACUUUUUGACGCCCCUCCCUCACGAGUUGGACCAGAACCCGAACCUCACAGAAUCUUCGCGCCCCUACCUGGAUGGAGACUCUCUCACUUUGGCCGACUGCAACCUGCUUCCCAAACUCAACAUUGUCAAGGUGGUGUGCAAGGUGUACCGCAACUUUGACAUCUCUCCUGAACUGAAAGGCCUCACUCGGUACCUGGACAACGCCUACAAAAAGGAUGAGUUUCGCUUGAGUUGCCCAAAGGACAUCGAGGUCCUCCUCGCGUACAAAUCUGUGGCGAAGUAUCUCAAUAAAUAGAAGACCAGAUAAAGAGGUUAUACAGGGUGUCCCAAAAGUAAAUCUACACAUCCUUUAUGAAUUUGUGGUCGUCUGCACUUGACAGCUUAAGGGGUUUACAAGUUUUUGAAAGCAGCAAAUCCUUACUUUGUCCUUUGGCUCACCAGUUGACAAUGGCGCUUGCGCUGCAAGUCAAACUGAAUCCAACGCGGCGGGUUUCUUGAAGCAGGAUUUUGUGUUGAAUGACUUUUCGGACACCCUUUGUAAGAUAUUGCUUACAACUGUCAGUUUAGCUUCAAAAUCCACAGACCUACUUUUAAAUGUCUUCAUAUGUACAUGCUGCAUUAACUAUUAAAAUCCUAUGGUGUUACUUUUGUGGCGUUCUUAUACUGCUCCUUUGAAAAAGCAUAGACGCACUCCUUUAGCCACAGAAUAUUGAUGUUUUGUGCCAUUGUGCACUGAUGUAUUAUUUGUAAAUGUAUCCACAGAAUGUAUUUGGCCUUUCCUCCAUGUAAACUGCAAUGAAGGAAUCGCCUUUUAAUAUAAAUGUCAAAAGCUUCAUGUACUCACGUUUCAUUGUAACAUCACUUUUUGAUCUCAUAGCAUCUUUUUUUUCAAAAUGUGUACCUAUUGGAGAGAAAGCAUUAGCAUUACCUCUUAUAUAUAGCUAUUAUUACUUUAAGCGGUAAUUACUUCAUAUCUGUAUGCUGUUGUCUUCAUUCCUCCCAACUUUCUGUCCCAAGAAAUAAAAUGUAAGAAAAAAAAAACUGUAUAAACCAAAA